CCCACAGAACUAUUAGAUGACCCUAGGGGCAAGCAUAGUCUCUGACUGACCAUCUUUCACGGCUAACAAUACGCUUUUUAUUAUAAGUCGAGAGCUGCUACGAGAAUACAGUAUCAGACCCUUCAUGGCAGAACAGCAGCUAAGGGCGAGUUGCACUGCAACCAACGCAAGUUUAGAUAUUUCCACAGAAUCAGGGCUUCACGCUUGGAUCUAUUCGAACUAUUGUGAGAAGGGCUUUCGAUACAAUGGGACAUCCAAAAGUUUGGCAGGGUUGCGAGCGCAUUUGUUUGCCCUGAACACCGGGCUUUCGCGAACAAGCAUCCGCCAGGCGAUUCAUCAGCUUCUUUCACCAGAGCAUCCGUACAGCCUGAUGGGAGCAAAAACGAAGGGUAUCCCAACGAACGACACAAGAAAAAAAGAUACGGAUAUCCUGCCUUCGCAACUGAGUGCUAACACAACCAACACGGAACCACUGAAGCCACAAUCGACUCCAGGCAUACCGUGCAUGUCGCAGCUCGGUCUUACCCAAGUUGCAAUGGCGGGAGAACAUGAUUCCUUCAUCCCAAGUAGCAAGAGUUACGGUUCUUCCAGUACCGUCGUGUCUGAGGACCUUGCAGCUGAUACAGGUGGGUGCGUUCGCAAAGGUAGUCUAACAUUCAAAUAUGGCAUUUUGAACGAUACAGACCUUCUCAUAUCAGACGACGGCGAACAAAAUGAAACGGGAGAUAUUCAACUCCACGAAAGGGCUACCCAAAUUCGGCAUGCACCAUUGUUGGGCGUGGAUGUCAUCUUGCAGAACGAUCAACACCUUCUCCCACAAUAUGGGCUCAUAGGUUUAUAUGGCAAAGCGAAGGAUAUCAGAUCUAAGCUUUUCAUGAAUACUAAUGUUCCGUUUUCUAUGUUCCUUUGCGGAGUUCAAGGAAGCGGCAAGUCCCACACAACAUCCUGCAUCCUUGAAAAUUCUCUAAUACCUUCUAAACAUCUUGGAAGGCUCCAAAACCCACUAUCUGCGCUAGUAUUUAGCUAUGGUCACUUUAGUGGUGACAGCAUUGGGUCCAGCAUCAGCGAAUCCGCAUUCUUGGCUUCUAGCAGAGCCAAAAUACCUGGUGCGGCCCAUGUCAAAAAGGUGCAUGUCUUGGUCUCACCGUCGAACUAUGUGCGAAUAUCGAAGCUAUACCUACAGCUUCCCAACGUUUCGGUCACGCCGUUUAAGAUAAAACCUCGGAACCUCAACAUCACUACAAUCCUUACGUUGAUGAAUGUGAAUGAGUCGGAAGAAACACCUCUUUACAUGGCACAAGUCACGCAAAUACUUCGGGAGAUGUCGACAACAGGAGGACCAUUCGACUACAAGGCGUUUAAGCUACAUCUAAAGAAGCAGAAGUUCAACCCUGCACAAACCAACAUGCUCCAGAUGCGUCUCAGCUUACUCGAGUCAUUCUUGGACAUGACAGAUACCUCACCCGAAAUGUCGUUCCUGCCUGGUGAAAUAACAAUCAUGGAUAUGUCUUGUCCCUUUGUUGAUGCCAACACAGCGUGUGUCCUCUUUGAGAUUGGGCUUCAGCAAUAUCUGCAUUCUCAAGGUACCGGUAAGAUGAUCGUCUUAGACGAAGCACACAAGUACAUGCUUAAAAUACCGGGAGCGAAGUCGCUGAACGAGGCACUUCUCCAGACCAUCCGCCUACAGCGGCACCACGGUGCUAGGGUUAUCGUCUCAACACAAGAACCUACCCUUUUGACUGACCUGAUCGCUCUUUGCUCCGUUACGGUAAUUCAUCGCUUCUCAAGUCCAGAGUGGUUCUCGGCUAUCAGACGCCAUGUUCCCAUCACAGAUGAGAACCGCGAUGAUCUCAUGCGAAGAAUUGAGAGCCUGAAGACGGGCCAGGCGAUCGUAUACUCACCUAACACAGUUCUCGGUUCUGAUGACUAUGGAAGUUUAAUGAUGGGUACAAGUGGGAUGAUCGAUGUUCGAAUCAGGAGGAGACUUACAAGCGAUGGAGGACAAUCUGUACUAGCAGUGUAGGAAAGUUACUUGCGGAACAGCCCAUUUUAUUUCUACUCGGUGAGGAGGGUACCGUGUCUGCUUCCAUGAUUUUCAUUU